AUGCCCCACUCUUUGUUUGUUGUAUUGCUCAUCUUGCUGCUGGGCUGCAUCAGUGGGUAUGCACAAGAAGAGGGUCCGCAAGAAGAAACGGUCCCCAUCGUUGAUUCUAUUCCUAGUGAACUUUUUAAGUCAAUUAAUAUGAGUCAACCAACGAGGAGCGGCAAUAACGUGCAAUUAGAGGCAGUCCAUCAAUUUCAUGCCCCACAUCUUUUUUUCUUUAAUGGUUAUCUUGUGUCAAUUACGGCUGCUGCAGUAUACCAGGAUCGGGAUACUAAACAGAAUGAAUUCAUUAAACUUCUGAAAAAAAACAAAACCGUGGAAAGUGAAACUGUACUUAAAUGGAAUGAAAGUAAUGGAUAUGUGUUUCAUUAUACCCAAGCAGAAAAAUCCGUGAAAGAUGUUUUUGAUAACGAUAAGAAAGACUACCAAGCUGUGCUUGCUCUUGUGGAAAGCAGCAACCCUCCAAGUCAAGAAGGUUCUGUUCUUCGCAUUGUGUGGAUGAAAAGAGGCAAGUCUGAACCUUCAGUUUAUUCGGUGGUGUACGACCGUCAUGUUGGUAGUUCUGUCUUGCCGCGUGGAGAUUCAACGGUUCUUCGUUUCCUUGUUGACACAAGCACAUCAAUUUUGACGAUGAAAAACAACGCUUCUGUGUUUCCCGUACAAUUUGUUACGAAUGAUAACAAAACCAUUUCUACAGUAAUGUAUCGCAGACCCGAUGAACAACAGUGGAAAAUUGGGGGAGCUUUGCCUCAUAUGGACACUUAUAAUCCUGCUAUUCUCGAGUUGGAAGAUGGUAAGUUAGUGAUGAUUGCUCAUCAUACCAGCGGCUAUUACAGAGUGUACGAGUCCACCGAUUUGGGAAAGACAUGGACAGAGUCUACCAGUACACUCUCUCGUGUGUGGUCCACCUCCACUGUAGCUACUAACAUACCAAUUACUGAGCGUGGAAGUCAAAACAAUUUUAUUACUGCAACGAUUGGUGAGAAGCGUGUCAUUCUUUUUCUGCAGUCUGUGGAAACUGAAGAAGAGAACGAACUCCAUCUGUGGGUGACUGAUAAGACACAUAUUAAUCGUGUUGGCAUGAUUGUUAAGGAUAAAAAAGUAAAGAGUAGCACUUUAUUGUUCAAGGAUGACAAAUUGUACUGUCUGUAUGAGUCGAGUAAAGAGGAAGGGAAGUACACAGUUCUUUUCGUGGACCUGACGAACAAGGUGAACAAGAUAAAAGAGGUGUUAAAUACGUGGGAUACUAUUGCAUCCAAGGGUAUCUGCUGCACUGAUGAAGCAUGUACAUCUUUUGAUUGUCGUAUUUCCACCACUAAGCUUGUGGGCUAUUUGUCAGGAACCAUCGAUGAGGAGAGUAACUGGAAGGAUGAAUACCUCGGCGUGGAUGCUUCUGUAAGUGGUACGGUAAAGAAGAAUCCUAAUGGAUUUACGUUCAUGGGUAUUGGUGCGGGAGCAAUGUGGCCUGUGAGUAUAAAUGAAAUGGCGAGGCAGUAUCACUUUACAAACUACGCAUUUACUCUUGUGGCGACGGUGGCUAUCCACGCGGCACCAAAGAAGGGCAGCAGUCCUUUGUUGGGUGUAAGUCUGUUAGGCGCUGGACACAGUAUUCUUUUGGGGUUGUCGUACAAUAAAAACAAAACGUGGAACACAAUACACAGGAAUGUCGUCCAGGCUUCAGAUAUUAGAUGGGAAGUGGACAGAACAUAUACUGUGGUAUUGACAUUUGCGAAUAGCGACUGUUCGGUGCAAAUUGACGGAGAUCCCAUGGGUUUUGUGGAACAUAACUUCAACAGAGAAACAGAGGAGAUUUCCCACUUUUACUUUGGUUCCGACGGAGAGGCUGGAGACAGUACCUUCGCAACAGUGACAAAUAUUAUGCUGUACAACAGCGUGCUCACACAAACCGAGAUUGAUGCACUGAUAAAGAAGAAGUUGGUUAUUUCCUUGUCAGAGAGUGUCAAGCAGAUGCUAUCAGAAGAAAUAAAGAUGCAAUCUACUCUCCCGACCCCUGCUACCAGCAGUACGGCAGGACCUCAUUCAAUGAAGAAACCACAGAAUACGAACAGUGGAAAUCAAGGGAACGCAACGAACCGUAAACAAGGAUCUGAUGGUACUGUUUCUAUCUAUGCAUCUGUACUGCCAAUGCUUGUUCUGGGAUUGUGGGCUCUUGCAACAGUUUUCCCAUAA